CACCUCCGAGGAUGAAGCGACUGUGCGAGGAAAGUUCGUCGGACACCGAGUCGGACGGCACCAUCGACGUGGGCAAGGAGGAGGAAUACAGACAUGUUUCCAGGUCUGUGUCUCCCACGGACAGGCUGGGAGCUGCAGAAAUCGGCUUUAUGCUGUUCCCUAUCAUCGAGAAGCGGCGCCGUGACCGCAUCAACAGCAGCCUCUCCGAACUGCGGCGCCUGGUUCCCACGGCCUUCGAGAAGCAGGGGUCUUCCAAGUUGGAGAAGGCAGAAAUCCUGCAAAUGACAGUUGAUCACUUAAAAAUGCUUCAUGCCACUGGAGGAACAGGCUUCUUAGAUGCCCGAGCUCUGGCUGUGGAUUACAGGAGUAUCGGCUUCCGCGAAUGUCUCACUGAAGUUGUCAGGUACCUGGGUAUCCUCGAGGGACAAAACACUGCCGACCCCAUCCGGCUGCGACUCCUCUCCCACCUGAAUAAUUAUGUAGCUGAAAUGGAGCCUUCGCCUGUGGCCACUUCCCUCCUGCCCAUCCAGACCUGGCCGUGGUCCUUCCUCCACAGUGCUGCCAGCCCCGUACAAAUCCCCAGGAGGGAGGCUGCCCCCGCUCCAGUUGUUUUGACUGCAUCCUCCCUGGCGUACCCAAGCCCCGCUGUGAGGCCGGCCCCCCUUCGCCGCGUUCCCGGUGACAUGCUGCCGUCCCGCCGAAGCUUCCUGGCCACCAGAAUGGCCUCUUCCAGCCGGAGGGCCCGAGCCACAGGCUCGUCCGCAGCCGUAGCAGCCAUGCCCAGGAUGCCAUCGCCAACGGGCAUGUUGAGAGAGGGCUCGUCCAAGAGUAGCCAAAUUGCAACAUUCCUCUUCUCACCGGCCUCCGCCGGCAUCCCCGUUCCACCAGGUUACACAGCGCCUCCUGCCUUGGGCACGGCCGUGCAGGGACCCGGGAUCAGGGUUGGGACAUCCAGGAUCUGCCGCUCCUGGGCUACUGAAAUCGGGGCUUUCUGAUCCUCCCCUUCCCUUCGGAGACAGCAAAUCUUCAGCGCCUGCUGCCCACAGGCCUAAGAACAAACCCAGCUGAAAAGGCAUCUUUCCUGCUUUGCAGAAGUCAAGGACCCAUAAAGAAAAUUCUCUUUACUCUUCCCUCCCUUCUCGCAUUGCCUUCCUUCCCUCCCCAUCACAUCUCCUCCCCAUCACGAUGCCCGCAAGCAUAAAACACCUCCAAUUCACUGCACUUGCCUGCACGCAGCUGUACUCAAGGCCCUCCCGGCUACGAGGGAGGAGGUGCCUGCAGAUCCCAAACCCUUCCCUCCUCCAGCAAACCCCCUCUGCGGAGCCUGACAUUGCUCUUCUUUGGAAAAUACCAGCCAGCCCUGAAAUACCAGCUUAUUUCCUUGGGGACUCAGAGCUCACAGACAGACACUUGCUCAUGCUCGUUCCCCGGACGCGUCCCCUGGUGCAGCACAUAUUUUGGUGCGGUGGGAUGCACCCAGCUCAAGCCCCGCUAGGACUGCUGGCAGCCGGCAAGGCAGGUGAGGGCCUCCCCGCUCCCUUAGCGAACUGGCUGCCUGCUAAUCCCCAUGCUUUACGCUGCAUUACCAGCUUUUCCCACUUAUGUGCCCUUAAGGGGGAGUCAGGCAACAGCUUAACAGAGUCAGCUCCCGUAUCUGAGGGGAAAUCUUGCUGCGCCCGCGUGUCUGCAGGGCCUGCGCUGGGAUCCUGCACGAGUAACGCAAGGGUGGCCAGGCCCAGGCGGAGGGCAGCUUCUCCAGCCCCUGCUCCCCACCGCAGCGUGAAAAGGUGAGACAAGGCGAGACACUGGAUUUCAAAGGGACGUCUGUCAUGGAGGGGAAGGCUCCGAGGAAGUGAGAAGAGGGAUGCCCUUCCCCUCUGUCAGGGUCCCUGCCGGAGCCGUCUCUCCUCCCUCCCC